AUGACUGUGGAGGCUGAGGCAUCCCACAGUCUACCAUCUGAAGCUGGAGGCUCAGAAGAGCCAGGGCAGAGUUCUAGUCUGAGCCUGAAGACCUUCGAGUGUCUAAGGCAAAAGUCCCAGUCCAAGAUCAGGGGAAGACCGAGCUCACACAAGAGAAACCAAAGAGUUAAAAAUUUAGGGAAUGUGUUUGUGGUGAGCCUGGCAGUUGCAGACCUGCUGGGGGCCGUGUAUCCCUACCCCUUGGCGCUGGCAUCUGUAGUUAACAAUGGGUGGAGCCUGAGCUCCCUGCAUUGCCAACUCAGUGGCUUCCUGAUGGGCCUGAGCGUCAUCGGGUCCGUUUUCAACAUCACGGGAAUUGCCAUCAACCGCUAUUGCUACAUCUGCCACAGCCUCAGAUAUGGCAGACUGUACAGCAGCAAAAAUUCCCUCUGCUGCGUGUUCCUGAUUUGGAUGCUGACGCUCGUGGCGAUCAUGCCCAACCUGUGUGUGGGGACCCUGCAGUAUGACCCGAGGGUCUAUUCCUGCACCUUCACGCAGUCUGUCAGCUCAGCCUACACGAUCGCCGUGGUGGUGUUCCAUUUCAUCGUCCCGAUGCUCGUAGUCAUCUUCUGUUACCUGAGGAUCUGGGCCCUGGUUCUUCAGGUCAGAUGGAGGGUGAAACCCGACAACAAGCCAAAGCUGAAGCCCCAGGACUUCAGGAAUUUUGUCACCAUGUUUGUGGUUUUUGUCCUCUUCGCCAUUUGCUGGGCUCCUCUGAAUUUCAUUGGUCUCAUUGUGGCCUCCGACCCCGCCAGCAUGGCACCCAGGAUCCCCGAAUGGCUGUUUGUGGCCAGUUACUAUAUGGCGUAUUUCAACAGCUGCCUCAAUGCGAUCAUAUAUGGACUACUGAACCAAAAUUUCAGGCAGGAAUACCGAAAAAUUAUAGUCUCAUUGUGUACCACCAAGAUGUUCUUUGCCGAUAGCUCCAAUCACGUAGCAGAUAGAAUUAAACGCAAACCCUCUCCAUUAAUAGCCAACCGUAACCUAAUAAAGGUGGACUCCGUUUAA